UGCAGACAGCAAGCCAUGCCUUUAAGGAGGAGAGCUGUUGGUCACCAUGAGAUCUGAGCAACAGGAGACCAACUGGACGCUGAGAGAAUUCAACCUGAAAGAUAGAAAAACCUCAGAAGAACGGACAGUUAAACAUUUCCACUUUACUGCCUGGCCUGAUCAUGGAGUCCCAGAGUGCACAGAGGUCCUGAUCCAGUUCAGAGGACUGGUGAGACAGCACAUAGAGAGAGAAGGGGGCAAAGCACCAACUGUGGUUCACUGCAGUGCUGGAGUCGGGAGAACUGGCACUAUCAUUUCCCUGGAUGUGCUGCUUCAGCAGCUGGAGAAAGAACAAGCAGUCGGCAUCAAUGCCUUCGUACACAAGAUGAGACUGAACCGACCGUACAUGGUGCAGACGGAGUCUCAGUACGUUUUUCUGCACCAGUGCAUCAUGGACAGUCUGCAACCAAAAAACACAAAUGAAGAGAACAUUUAUGAGAACACGUACGAGAACGCAGAUAUGAUAUACGUCAAUGCCACUGCCCUCCAAGAGCUCCGUCGGCAAAACGGAAAUGCGUAGUGUCAACCCUGCACUCAAUCUUUUAUGCACUUAAUGAAAAACUAUUUGUCUAUAAGCAAUAUGUUGGUUUUAAACUUAAUAAUACAAACUAUUAUAUCUUAACUAUUUCUGUAUAUGCAUUGCACACUUCAGAUCUUAUUUAGUUUGCAUCUCUUCUAAAUAUGUAAUAUUAUUAUUUUUGUUGUCAUUGUUUUUAUGUGAGAAAAUAGCACUGAUGAAU